AGAAUAAUUGACAUAAUGAUCCAUGUUUUCCUGCUAUUUUCUCUCUGUUUUUCAGAUUAUGGCUUUAUAGAGGGAGUUAGUUCUACAGGCAUCAAUUAUGGCCAAGUGGGCGACAAUUUGCCUCCGCCCGACAAGGUUCUUGAUCUCUUGAGCUCCCUUAAGCUCACAAAAGCAAGAAUCUACGACACCAAUCCUCAGAUUUUAACAACAUUUGCCAACUCCAACGUUGGACUUAUCGUUACAGUUGAAAACCAAAUGUUACCUGUCGUAGUGGAUCCCCAGCAAGCACUUGAAUGGGUUAGUACCCAUAUCAAGCCUUAUUUUCCACUCACCAAGAUCACCGGGAUCGCCGUGGGAAAUGAGAUCUUUACCGACGACGACACGUCACUACUAGGAUAUCUUGUCCCCGCCACAGUCAGUAUCCACGGUGCUUUAGUUCAAUUAGGCUUAGAUAAGUACAUUCAGGUUUCGACGCCCAAUUCAUUAGCGGUUCUGGAGGAAUCUUACCCUCCUUCGGCUGGUAGUUUCAAGGGUGAGGUCUCGAGUGUCAUGUCACAGUUUUUGCACUUCUUGUCGAGCACCGGCUCCCCAUUUUGGAUCAAUGCCUACCCAUAUUUUGCUUACAAGGAUUCCCCGAACAAGAUCUCGUUGGACUAUGCUCUUUUCAACAAGAACCCAGGAAUGGUCGACCCUUACACCAAGCUUCACUAUGACAACAUGUUAUACGCGAUGGUAGACGCUGUCGUUGCCGCCAUGUCUAGGUUGGGUUACGGUGGCAUCGAGGUGAGGGUUUCGGAGACGGGAUGGCCUUCGAAAGGGGACCCUAAUGAGGUCGAAGCUACCGUCCAGAAUGCGGCAGCUUACAACCGGAAUUUGCUGAGGAGGCAGAUGAGUACAAACGACGUCGUUUUGGAGAGGGUAUUCUGUAAUUACCCUCAAAGGUAA